AUGGCAUUUUGUUUACCCAUCGCUCUUCUCCCACUCAUUUAUCCAGCCCCUCCUACCCCAAAGACGGAGUUCCAGAAUCUCCCCGCAGAAAUCAAGCUUCUCAUCGUUGACCAGCUUGAUCAUGACACCUUGGCCCUGAGCCGCGUGGCUGCCUGUAAUAGGGAGCUAUAUGACAUGGCAAUGCCUGCGUUAUAUGCCCAUGUCUCUUUGGGGGCUCCGCCUCAUUACCGGAUUUGGCCUGGUUUGGCAUGGCCCGCUGAUCGUCGUUCUGUGCGAUGCCUCUAUUCCAUGAAUUACUUGCAAUUUCUUAUGUUGAAUAUGCAGAUCGAACGCUUUCUUCUUACGGUCCUCCGCAAACCCCACCUUGCCCGACUUGUCAAGUCCCUGGAUUUGACUGACCUAUACGACCUUUGCGACGCCCAUAGGCAGAUUAGUACCCAACCAUUGAGAACACAGCUCACUCUUGCACCUCUCAGUCCAGAAGACCAUCGAAUAAUCAGGAUUGCUGGCAUGAAAUUACCAUUGAAAUCAACAGUCAGGGACUCGAUGCACAGAGCCCUUGAGCCCAAUGUACCGCGGUCAGACGCGUUACUAGCUGUUCUUCUGGGAUAUCUGCCUUCCCUAGAACGUCUUGAGAUUCCGAUGGAGAGUGAUGACCCACCACGCGAUCCUGCCACCACAGACUGGAGCCUGAUUGAACGCGUUUUGAUCUGUAUCGCCGGUAUACGUUCGCGACACAACACUGGGAAUGAAAACGCCGCUACACUGUCUAAGCUCACUUACCUAAAAGCUGAAGUGGACGGAACCUUCCCCUCCGCUGACGUUGACUGGCUUAUGGUGCUUCUUCGAAUUCCCACGUUGACCCAUGUAUUCGGCACCAAAUGGACUAACCAACCAGAAUGGUGGAGGCCUGUACAUCGCGAAGUCCCUCGCCUCGUUCACCUUGAACUUCGUGAUUGCACUUUUGAUGCCAAUAACCUUCGAAGUCUCCUGAAAUUACCACAAAAGUUGGAAACAUUCAUCUACGAACGGGGGUGGACAAAGAGGAAAGACUGGAUCUUGAAAUCUGCAGACCUCAGCCAAGCGCUUCAAUACCCGUCUCAGACCCUGGCCUAUCUUGAACUGUCAUUCAAUCGAAGUGCCCGAAAGGUAUACGCAGACUUGUAUCUUCAACCUCUCAACCUAACGGGGCUUCGUCAUUUGAAGAGAUUGCGAAUAUCAGCCGGAUAUCUUGUCCAGACCCAAGCAAAGAUGUCAGAUUUCGAAGGUCGCUACUGGAUGUUAUUUGACCAGCACGGGGCAUACAACAGUGCAGAGCCUUUGUACAAGCUACUUCCCCAGUCACUUGAGGAGCUGCACGUCUUCCAAUUUAACGAUGGGCUCGAUCUUAUCCUCGUGUGUAAAAAGCUAUGCGAAAGUCUCCAUGGUAGAGCAGUGUCUACUCUACUGGAGGAUCACCAAUUUCAACACCUCAAGGAUAUCAAACUCGAGGCCCCCUUUGAGGACAAAGGCGUGUUCUUAUUCCACACACUCUCCGAAGUCACAAACCGGGCUGGAGUGAAGUUGACAACAAUUGAAAACUCCGCCGAUCACGUCAAAUCCUGGUUUACCGGGGAUACAAUAGUAGCAUGUGCAGACAAAAAGAUUGACUGGGGUUUUGACGGCGAGAUUCAGUGGGCACAUCCAUUCACUCGGCGAGGGGAGGUGAAUUACGACCUCAAUUAA